UUCAAAGGAUUCGCGAAAACAAUUCUAUAAAAUCUAACAAUAAACAAUAAGCUAAAAAGAGAGCGCAGGCAUUCAGCAAAGUCCGUGUCUGUGUCUCAAAAUAUAGUCAGCAGCCCACCUAGGCUAGACCGUAUUCAGUGCACCAUAGGCGCCUUCCGAGAGCCAUGAUAACUUCCCGAAGGGCUGGAUCUUGGACGAAGGGGGUGGUGGUGAAGAAACAAGAGAGGAGAAGCUGAAUCUGGCUAACACUGUGUGAAGUAGCGUCGGAAGAGUUCACGUUAGGAAGUUCAACACACCGCUGAACAUUCUGUGAAUUCACGAAUAUCACGAUUUGCUGACUCUAUAUUUGUACAUGGAUGCAUUUAGGAUGGUCCAUCCAAGAAUGCCUGUUUUGACGAGCCAGCAUUGAUUAUACCACAAAUGGACCUUGACUGAAGUGCCUUCACCUUCUUCACUUCAACAGAGAAGAAACCAUUUCCACUCAAGUACCGGCAUAAAGGUUUUGCAGAAUGUGUCAUGUCAUAGUCACAUGCCGAUCUAUGUUAUGGACCUUGAUGAGCAUUGUGGUGGCAUUUGGUGAGCUGGUGGCAUUUAUGAGUGCUGAUUGGCUCGUGGGAUAUUCAGAUGGCUCAGAAACCAACUUCACUCUUACCACAUCACUCCGCACCAAUCAGCGAACCCUGGGUAUUUUUAACCGCUGCCUCAAGGUGGCAAACCAAAAGGUUGUCCAAUGUGGGCCCUAUGCCACAGACUUCAUGGAAAUAGCUAGUGGCUUUUGGCAAGCCACAGUUAUAUUUCUGGCCAUUGGGAUCUUUCUCCUGUGCAUAGUGGGCAUCCUUUCGGUCUUCAGCAUGUGUUUCCAAAGUAUUUUAAAGAAGAGCAUAUUCAACGUGUGUGGCCUGCUUCAAGGCAUAGCAGGUCUUUUCCUCAUUCUUGGUCUGAUGCUCUAUCCUGCAGGCUGGGGAUCUAGGAAGGUGGUUGACUACUGCGGUCAGGAUGCUUCCCCAUAUAAAGUGGGCCUUUGUUCUCUGGGCUGGGCCUUUUACACAGCCAUAGGAGGCACUGUGCUCACGUUUAUCUGUGCUAUGUUUUCAGCUCAGGCUGAGAUCGCCACCUCCAGUGACAAGGUGCAGGAUGAAAUCGAAGAGGGACGGAGCCUCAUUUGUGUGUUGUGAAAAUAAGCCAUUAAAACUCUUGAGAAUAUGUCUCCCAUGUUUACUGCUUGAAAUGACUAUUGUAUUAAUGUGAGUGUAGUUCUUUGGACAUUAUAUUGUUUUCUAGACUAAAGACCUAAGAAAUGUACUUGCUUUUUAAAUUGUAUCUUAUGGCAAAUUAGCAUUUUCUGCAUUAUAAAAUGCAUGCAUCUCAAAUGUUUUGCUAUUAAAUGAAUUUUAAAACAAAUUAAUACAUUAUAUCAGUAUUUUGUCUUUAAACUUGUAAGUGUUGUUAUUUGGACUUUACAAUAAUGGAUACAACCAGUGGAUUUUCCACUUGUAAUGUCAAUGUUUGCUAUCAUGUAAGGGUGUUUUUUUUUUUUUUACUACAGUAUACUGAACAGAAAUAUUGUACUUUGACAUAUAAUACUAAAAUAGAUUUAAAAAAAAUACAUUUCUCACUUUUUUUUUCUGAAUGAUUUUAAAAAUGUGUCUAGUUCAGCGGUUCUUAUUUUGUUACAUUAACAUGUUACAUUGUUUAUUAAUAAAGCAUUUUAUUGUAAAAGCUGUACUUUACAUAAACUUAAUAGAAAUACAUAAUUCCAAUUAUUGCUUUAGUUUUAGCUUGGACUUUUUAUUGCUAAACAAAGGAGUUUUGCCAAAGAUUACAUUUCAUAUUCAGAUUAAUCCGUGCACUGUGCAUUUUUUUACCUUUGGAUAUCCCAGAUUGUCUGGGUUUAUCACACUUGUUUAGUAUUUUCUUUAUGGUGGAGUUUUGAAGUCUGACAUCCGUCAAUGCAUGAAAUUUCUGCAGGACUGUAAUCACUUGUUUUUAUGAACCUGAUUGCAUUUUUCUGUUCAAAUCAUGCAUUCCUUACAGUUCUGUAGGUGACGUCUGUUAAUGUUACAUUAAUGUGUUCAAU